GCGUGCCACACACAAGCGUGAUGCAGUCACCCAAAGCAUUGUGGGAUAUGAGGCAUGUUUCUAGCGAACGACAUUGACAGUAAAGUCUGGGAAGCUGAUGGGAGACACUAUGUCCAGUCCUACAGUGAAGGCAGAGGGCAUCAUAGUGCCAGACUUUGGCAGCGCACCACCACAGGGCUGUCCCAUGCAUCGAGAUGUUAAUAAAAGUGCCCCUCCACCAGAAUGUCCAAUGCAUCAGGCAUCUGCACCUGCAAGCGAUAAGAUAAAGAAUGUGCCAGAUGUACCGCCACAUCAGGACAGGGCUUAUGAAUUUGUUGAGUGUCCUAUGAGAGCUGCCAAUGGGGCUAAACCCACACUGUCUGACAUCGAUCCAGCAAACAUGAUGCCACCACCUAACCAGCAACCUUCACCUGGUCAACCAUUUCCCCUUUCUGUUGUAAGAGAGGAGUCUACUAUCCCUCGUGGUGGGUCUGAGCAGAAGUGGGUUUAUCCCUCAGAGCAGAUGUUCUGGAAUGCCAUGCUGAGGAAGGGAUGGCGCUGGAACAAUGAUGACAUCCACCAGAAAGAUAUGACAAACAUCAUUAGGAUUCAUAACCAGAAUAAUGAGCAAGCCUGGCAGGAAAUCCUGAGAUGGGAGAAGCUCCAUUCAAAAGAAUGCCCAUGUGGACCUUCUCUUUUAAGGUUUGGUGGAAAAGCAAAAGACUUUUCACCCAGAGCCAGAUUUCGCCACUGGAUGGGGCAUGAGCUACCAUUUGACAGGCACGACUGGAUUAUUGACCGGUGUGGAAAAGAGGUCAGAUAUGUGAUAGACUACUAUGACGGAGGCCUGGUGGCCAAGCACACUGUCCUUGACGUGCGUCCAGCCUUUGACUCCUUAGAAGCUGUUUGGGACCGUAUGAAAGUGGCCUGGUGGCGCUGGACCUCCACAUAAUUUUUUGUUGUUGUGAUCUUUAGGAACUGAUAUUUAUAUAGCUUAGUCUCUGGAAGCUUUUUGACAUGAUAUUCUUUGUUUGAAUGAAUCUAGGAUUACCUCAUAUCAUUGUAUUCCUGUCGUGAAUUUGAUAUGUGCAUAUUUUCAAGACCAUGAUAGUUGCAAAAGCUGCUAUAGUGGCACUGUGUGCUGUUGUAGGCAUACAGUGUCAUACAGUAAAACAAAGUAGUGGCAAAACAUCUUUGAGUAGCAUUAUGAAGGCACCCUGAAGUGUGAAAAUAAAAUGUAAGGUAUUACUUUAGAAACUAAUGUUGACAUUUAGCUUUCUUGUUUUAUUUUUAAAUAUUUACAAUAUUCCAAUGGGUGUGAAUAGGCGGCUACAUGUUUUUUUUUGUUUUGUUUUUCCAUUUACAGCUGCUAUCUUGCUUAUCAAUUAUACUUAUUUUACGAUGAUGCUAAUUGUUGAAAGAAUUGUCCAUUUAUUUUUUUUAUUUUUUAAAAUGAUGAAAUUAAAAUGUUAAAAACAAAAUACCAGAAAUAAUAUACCCUACAGAACUGAAAUCAAAUAGUCAAACUGU